UGUUUGAAGAUGUUAAAAGCUCAUGGACUCCUCCAUCUCACAUGGGUUAUGGAUCCUGGUUCCUGGAUCAUCAUUGACAAGCUUGUUAGACUAGCAAGCUGGAGUUGACCUCUUGUUACUCGUCCUUUCAUCCAUAGAUAUACUAUAUAACGUUAUAAACCACAUAUCAUGCAUAUAUAUGCAUCCUAGAGACCUGCAUAGAUUUGGCUCUCUACUCCCAUUUCAGGCUUAAAGGUCAACAAAUUGUUUGAGAAGGAAACGAGAUUGAAUCUGGAGGUUGCAACUUGGAAGAAUACAUAAUGAGGCAACCGUUUCUUGCUCAAUCUUCUCGACAGUCUGUUAGUCCUUCUCUUCUCCUAUGUUUGUACGUUGGGCACUUCUUUGCAAGAUGGGGAGCAAGAAUGUGGGAAUUCUCUGUUGGGUUAUACAUGAUCGACAUUUGGCCAGAUUCUUUACUCUUUGCUGCUAUUUAUGGCGUCGUGGAAUCUGCCUCCACUGCACUAUUUGGUCCCAUCAUUGGACGAUGGGUGGAUAGAUUGACAUACGUGCAGGUUCUCCGACUCUGGUUGUUGACCCAGAAUCUCUCUUUCAUUAUUGCUGGUGGAGCGGUAGUAGCUUUACUGGUCUACUCAAGCUUGAAAUCAACAUCUUUUGUGGCAUUCAUUUCACUUGUUGUUUUAACUAAUAUUUCUGGAGCAGUUGGUGUGCUAUCAACUCUGGCUGGAACCAUCUUGAUUGAAAGAGAAUGGGUGGUGGUGAUUUCUGAAGGACAGCCUCCCGAAGUACUGACAAAAAUGAAUGCAGUUAUCCGACGGAUUGAUCUAGUCUGCAAACUAUUUGCCCCUGUCUGUACUGGGUUCAUUAUCAGCUUUAUAUCACUUAAAGCAUCAGCAAUGACUUUAGCACUUUGGAACACUAUAUCUGUUUGGUUGCAGUAUUGGCUUCUAAUGUCUGUAUAUAAUGGAAUUCCAUCUCUAAGUGAAAGAGGCCAAAGGAGGAUCACAAGGCUUGUACCAAAUGAUCAAUUAGAAGAAACAUCUAUUUCUCAGGAUACAGAGGUCUUGCUUUCUAAUGUGGAAAGUCAUUCAGGAGUAGGAGAACAAGGAAGGACUAGUAACCUUAUUAAUCGCAUCUUGAGUAUCCCAUGCAUUGAAGCAUGGAUUGUGUACUUGCAGCAAGAUGUUGUGCUCCCAGGAGUUGCUCUAGCUUUACUAUAUUUUACCGUACUGAGCUUUGGAACAUUAAUGACAGCUGCUUUGGAAUGGAUGGGUAUACCUGCUUAUGUUAUUGGCAUUGCACGAGGAGGAAGUGCCACAAUUGGAAUAGCGGCAACAGUUCUGUACCCAAUCAUACAAUCACAUAUUUCAACUCUUCGAACAGGAUUAUGGUCUAUCUGGACUCAGUGGAUCUUUCUGCUUGUAUGUGUUGCUUCAGUAUGGGUUCAAAAUGGACAAAUCUCAGCCUGGAUGCUGAUGGGUGGGGUAGCAGCAUCUCGUCUUGGAUUGUGGAUGUUUGACUUAUCUGUUAUCCAACAAAUGCAGGAUCAUGUUCCUGAAUCUGAUCGUUGUGUUGUGGGAGGUGUCCAGAACUCACUUCAGUCUAUGUUGGAUUUAUUAACUUAUAUAAUGGGAAUAAUCAUCUCAAAUCCGCAGGACUUCGGGAAGUUGAUAAUUUUGUCAUUUUCAUCAGUAACACUGGCUGCAGCACUCUACACGCUACAUGCUUACCGCGUCCGAAAGCACCUUUUUCACUUCGAGAAACUGAUUGUGUCAAUCCAUUGGUUGUUAAGGGCAUCAUGAUCAAUACAAGAAGGACGUGGUAGAAUAUCCAUUUUCAUUGGGUUCAAGUAAAAAAGAAGAAAAACAGAGCAACAGGAAUUUGUAUUUCUGAGCUGAGAAUGGUACUAGAAAAGGUGAAUGAUCUGAGGCUGUUAUUCCGCAGGCUGUAAAUAUUAUCCUGUAACAACGACCGUGCAUGCAAUACUGGAUGGACAGUAAUAAGUAAUUUAGACUUCAGAGGAGCCAAAUGUUAAAGAGAGUUAUGAUCAAAUUUGACUGCAAAACUUUAUAACCAAUAGGCCA